CGAAGGAUUAAAUUUCUACAUUCUGUAAUUAUUACAUCAUCUUAUAAAGCCUCAGUGAAAGGGUGAAUUUGAAAUUUAUAGCUCUGACCAACACCUGCCACCAUCAGAACAGCCGUGUGCAGAGGUGUUUAGAGGUGUUGUAGUAUAAAGAGCAUGUGAUCUGGAAUGAGAUAAUUGGUGAACAGAACAUCAACAUUUCUAUACAUGUGUGGUGUGUGCAUAUCUCCAAAUUGACUUGUCAUUGAUUAAUAUAUAUUUGUGGAGAAAUGCUACACUUAUGUAGAAGGAAAACAAACAAUGAUUGAUGUAUCAGGCUCCUGUUAGAACCUGAUUACACAAAAAUUUCUCAACAUUGUGGAAUUUUUUCAUCAGAUCUGACAUAGUGAUAAGAAAGAUGGUAUCACAUGUAAUUUUUUCUUUGUCUGACAUCUUCAGAUAUGGAGUGAUCAUGUUUUAUAUUUAGAUAUUUAUUGUGAUAUUAUUUUGUGAAAAUUGAGAUUGAAGGAAGUUUGAAAAGGUGAAUUUUAGGGUUUUUGUUUUUUGUUGCCUGUGAGAAAGUCAACACUUCCUGUGUCAGAAAAUAUGUUUAUUUAACAUUUUUUAUGUGAACAGUGAUCUGAAAACAAACAAUAAAAGUUUUUUGGCGAAAAUUUGCAGUACUGUAAAGUGAAAUAAAUUGUGUAAAGGAUUCUGUAACUGGUUGGAAUCAUGGGAGACUACAAGAGGAUGUGGGAAGAACCUGUGGGCACUGUAAAAGUACCACUAUAUAACAGAAUGAACUUUGCUACUGUUCCUAGAAAGUCAGUCAAUAAAAAAGCAUGGUACCUAGUUCAGCAGACUUAUGCCGCAAAUCACCAUCCUAAUACCAGGAUGGAAGACAUCCCGGACCAUUUCCUGUCCAUGAAUCAUGCCGAGAGGAUGAUGAAGAAAAUUGAGGGAUAUGCUGGUAAGAGGCAGCUGUGUGAUGUUGUCAUCAUUGCUGGAAAUAAAAGAAUCCCGGCUCACCGUUUAGUACUGAGUGCUGCUUCAGAUUAUUUUGCUGCUAUGUUUACAAAUGAUGUCAGGGAAGCAAAGAUGGAGGAAAUUGUGAUGAAAGAUGUGGACCCAGAAUCUUUAGUAGCUAUUGUUAAUUACGCUUAUACAGGAAAGAUUGGUUUACAGGAAGACACAGUAGAAAGUCUAUUGUCCACAGCUUGCCUGCUUCAGCUGUCAGAGGUAGUUGAAGCCUGCUGUAGUUUUCUGAUGAAACAGCUUCACCCAUCAAACUGUAUUGGUAUCAGACAGUUUGCAGAAAUUCAGGGAUGUACAGACUUGUAUAAAGUAGCAAACAAUUAUGUCAUGGAAAACUUUGUACAAGUUAUACAGAAUCAGGAAUACUUGUUGUUACCCUCUGAUGAAGUUUGUCGUCUUCUUGCCAGCGACGACUUGAAUGUCCCGGAUGAAGAGACAAUAUUCCAUGCUUUGAUGAUGUGGACCAAACACGAUAAUACUAACAGGAAAAGAUACCUAGCCAAACUACUGUCACAUAUAAAACUACCUCUUAUGUCUCCACAGUUCAUUGCUGAUCAUGUGGAAAGUAACUCAGUUCUCCAUGAGGAUAAAGAAUGUCAAGCUUUGAUCAUGGAAGCAUUAAAAUACCAUCUUUUACCUGAACGUCGCUCAUCAUUCCAAAGUCCUAGAACUAAACCUAGAAAAUCUACUGUUGGCAUUAUGUAUGCUGUGGGCGGUAUAGAUUGUACAAAAGGCGCAACUACCAUUGAAAAAUAUGAUCUCAGAACCAAUGCAUGGACUCAGGUAGCCAACAUGAAUGGCAGACGACUACAGUUUGGUGUGGCUGUAAUAGAUGAUAAAUUGUACAUAGUUGGAGGAAGAGAUGGUCUCAAAACACUUAAUACAGUCGAAUGUUAUAAUCCUAAAAAUAAAUCCUGGUCACUGAUGCCACCAAUGUCUACUCACAGACAUGGAUUAGGUGUAGGUGUACUAGAGGGACCAAUGUAUGCUGUAGGAGGCCAUGAUGGAUGGUCCUACCUGAACACUGUAGAGAGAUGGGAUCCCCAGGCCAGACAAUGGAGUUAUGUAGCACCUAUGUCUACAUCCAGAAGUACUGUAGGGGUAGCUGUACUGUUCGGAAAAUUAUAUGCAGUAGGUGGAAGAGAUGGCAGCUCUUGCCUAAAGACAGUUGAAUGUUUUGACCCUCACACUAACAAAUGGUUACCAUGUACAUCUAUGUCUAAGAGACGAGGUGGUGUUGGUGUAGCCACAUGUGGUGGCUAUCUGUAUGCUGUAGGAGGACAUGAAGCUCCUGCCACCAACCCUACAUGUAGUAGAUUUGAAUGUGCAGAAAGAUAUGAUCCCACUUGUGACCAGUGGACAAUGAUAUCCCCUAUAAGUUCUCCGAGAGAUGCAGUAGGACUAUGUGUGUUAGGAGAUAAGAUAUUUGCUGUGGGAGGUUAUGAUGGACAACAAUACCUACAGGAUGUUGAAUGUUAUGACCCUGUCAAUAAUGAAUGGGAUAAGAUGGCACCACUUUGUACAGGACGAGCAGGUGCUUGUGUUGUACAUGUGCCGCACAGAUGACUAGAGCGGAAAUGGUCACUAUCUUCGCUAAAGAAGUGGCCAUCGGGAUUCUUCAAAGGACGAAAACACAAAUCUCAUAACAGAUUAAAAGAUACAGAUGCUAUAUGAAGUAGUUUGUCUCUGUAUUAAAAUGUCACCAUGGUCAGACUAAAGGUUACAUAUCCAAACAGACUAAGAAAACAUUGUUUUAAAAACAUGGAUAAAGACAGAUCUGGCAAAUUUACCUCCUAUUGUUAACAAAUUAUUUUGCUGGACACUACUUGUAUAUAGAAGGGCAUUCUAUUUUUAGUCAUUAUCAAUUACCAACACAUAUCCUCUUAUACUUACUAAUUUUUAGUAUGAUAUGAUUGUUAAGUAACAAGUAGUUCAUUUACGGACUAAUUUACUUUCGAUAUUAUUCAAAGUAAGGAAAACUAAUCUUGAUGUGCAUUUCCUAAUGACUUAGAACUUAUAAACUUUUUUUUUUGAUAUUACAGAACUACAACAUUUCAUUGGAAUGCUCAGAGCUAAAAGUGAAAGUGUGUACAUACAAUGAAGCAUUAUGUCCUUCAGAUUGUGUUAUUAUUAGAUAAACUUUAAACCUAUAUUUUGUUUUUUUGUGAUAAAAAGGUAGAAGCCUGAACAUUUUUACCAAGUGCUAUUAUUGAUUGCUAUGUCAAACAAUUGACAACUAUUUAAUUUUGUGCAAAACUUCUUUUGUUUCUGAGAGGAUGGUCAAACAGUCCAUUUUAAUCCUGUUUAAAUCAGUAGCCAUUUUUACAACAAAAAAUCAUGAAUGAUUCAGUAUAACUUAUGGCUAUUCCAGAAAAAACAUACAUGGUACUCAGGGAAGGCACUUUCAUAAUGGGGCAACCACCUAUAGAGGCAAAUUUAGAAUUUCAAUUUCAUUUCCACUGUACUUGUCACCCACCCAUAGUAGAGAUUUCAAAGUGCCUUCCCUGGGUCCUAUGUAUGUUUUUAUGGAACAGCCCUUUCAAUGUUAGUAGUAAAAUGUGUCAUGUAAAGAAUUACAAACAUUGUCUACCUUUAAAGGUCAUGCUCCUUACAGUAUUAUAUCAAUAAUGACAUAGUUAUUUUCGAAUUAUAGUAUCAAUGCAAAUGUUAUUGUGCAAUCUUUUUUUAUUAUAUAAGUGCUAUAUUUUGUUUAGUGUGUGUGAUAGAACGUAGUUGUUUUAAAGGUAAAACAUGAAAUAUAAUCAAAUAAGUUUUGGUGUUUUCUCAGUGCCUUUUGAAAUGAUGGUGCCUUUCAUAGUAAUUUAAACAUUAGACAAGAGUUUAACCAACUCACAAUAUUGUCGGGACCAAAUUUUGAUUUAUUGUUAUAAAAGUUUUUUCAUGGUAGAAACUUGACUUUUUUUGUUUUGUUGUUGAUAUUCGUGUUUUCAUUAUGUGUAAUUUUGGAUUAAUAAUAAGUUUCAUCAUUUUAGUUCAGUUGUGGUUGUACAUAUCUUUAAAUUUGCAUAUUCCAUGUGUAGUGAAUUCAAUAAGACAUUAAAAGUUCCUCCAGCAGAUAUUUACUUGUAAAGUUGUAGAUACAGAAGUUGAAGCUUACAUUAUGAUGCUAUCUGUAAUGAGGUUGAUCACAAUUUAGUUGAAAUUUAUAAAGGUUACCACUUCAAAAUCAGAGUCCUUGCUACCAAAAUAAUUUUUCAUCAAUAUCGUUAAUAUCAUUAUUUGAAGAAAAAAAAUACUUCUGUUUAAAAAAUAUUUAAAGCAAUUAAUGAAUAUGUUUAUAUUGGUGCUAUUUGUUUUUGAUCUUCCAUUUCCUAUCAGACUUGCUCAAGUUCUGCUUAUCAUAUCAUUUUACAUCGAAUAUUAAACAUUAUUAAUAGCAUAUCCAGUUACCAAAACUGUGUGUAUGUAAAUAAGUUAGAAUCAGAUUUCUUUAUAUAAGUAGUUUAAUGUUGUGGAUAAAAAUUAUUGUCAUAAAUUGAAAAUAGUAGUUUUAAAUAUAAUUUUUUCAUAUUUUUGGUAGGACAUUUUUAUUUAGAAAAAACCACAGGACUAGGGAUCCUAAUUUUUAUUUCGAAAAAAACACAGGACUAGGAAUCCUAAUUAUCUAUUUAGAAAAAAACACAGGACUAGGAAUCCUAAUUUUUAUUUAGAAAAAAACACAGGACUAGGAAUCCUAAUUUUUAUUUAGAAAAAACCACAGGUCUAGGAAUCCUAAUAUUUAUUUAGAAAAAACCACAGGUCUAGGAAUCCUAAUUUUUAUUUAGGAUAAACCACAGGACUAGGGAUCCUAUUUUAGCCUAAUUAUUUGUCCACAAAAAAAUAUAAUUUUGCAUUUUCAGCUGAUUUGUUAUAUGAAAUAAAACUUUUUAGUAAAAAAAAAUUAUAUCAGCAGUGAUUUUAGAGAAAUUGUCGAAAAUCAUAAAAAAAUGGUAAUAUUUUGGUCAAUACUACCAAAAUUUAAGUGUUGUCCCAUUCUUGUUCCACAAAAAUGAUUUUUCCAAUAAUGCAAUUGGUCAAUAUAAAGAUGUGACAAUAGUAUUGUGAUGUGGAAAGUUUGGGAUGACCAAUGCAAACUGAAUAAAUCUGUAUUUUUAUCAAAUUUUAACCAUUUUCAAACAAUUGUAAAUUUGCGUCAGUAAAUUCACAAAGUGAAACAACUAUUCAAUCAAACUUAUACAUAAAUCUAUGAACUUUGGACAUUUAUCAAAUUCAUAAAAGCAUUGACUUGAAAAAAUUUGAAAAAUGAAAACUCUCAAAAAUGUUAGGCCAAAUAAAGGCAUUUAAUCCUUGGCAUUUCAAUCAACAUUGAUUUAUAUUGAUAUGAUUUUAAUUUUAUUUGGAAUGAAUAGAAUGUAAUACAUUUGUAGUUAGAGUGUGACAGCUAAUCCAAAAUAUCACUUCCAUUGUCAAAUCGUCUUCCUCUACAAUUAUUAGUAUGUAAAUAAGGAAUAAAUUAUUUUUAUAUCAUAAUCAAUAAAUAUCAUAUUUAAGAUAAGUAUCUUCAAAUGCAUGGUUAGGAUAGAUUUCAUAUGAUAGUUAGGAUAAAUGUUUGUUUAUAUAAAAGUGAUAUAAAAGUGCUAAAAGUGCUACAUGUCAGAUUGUCUCAUGUGUUCAACUCAGUCUCUCUCUUUCUGCUCAGAUAUAACAAGGGGAAAUAACCACAUUAUAUCUUAAUUCUAGGUUAACAUUUUUACAAAGUACCUGUUUUCCAAUUGUGUUUUUGCUGUACAUUCUUUUGUCAAAAUUUUUAUAAAUUCAAAAAUAGAAAAAGAUUGUAAUAAAUGUUUUAUUUAAGUGUUUAGAAAAAUGUUGAUUUGUUGAUGGGACAUUUACUAAAAUAUAAUGGUUGAAAUUCUUUUAACAACAAGUCUUGAAAAAACACUAAAAAGUAAAUAAGCUUAUAUUUACAGUGAUGCACAUUUUAUGCUGUCCAAUUUUGGUCAUAUAAUUUUUUCCCUGAUAUAAUAAUCUUUUCAUUUGUAAAGAUUGACAAGACGCCAAGAGAUAAUUUGUGGUUAUUUCAAUAAUCUAAUAUUACAGUUUCUUUCGUGACUGUUUUUGAAUUAGGAUUUUUUUCAACAUAGUUAUCUUUGUGAAAUAAAGCAUAUAUCAGUCACAAAAAUAGAAGAAACAUGUAAAUUGAAGCCACACAAUAACUGCAUAGAGAUUUUUUCCAAUUCAUAUAAUUCUUUAAGUUAAAUUUUCUUGCAUUUUAUACAGUAAAAUUAAUAAGGUAGACCUAAUAAGUUCCUUUUUAAUUUCAUAGCAAAUAGAAUCUGCUCCUUUAUCAACAGCUAAAAAUUUUUCAAUUUGAUUUACUGUGGAUUCUUGUUGAAUUAGUUGAUAUAGAUAAACCAAGAAUUUGAAUGUUCAACAAUGUAUAAAUUUUCUGUUUAUUUGUAUGCAGACCUGGGCAUACCCUGGAAUCAAAUAUCCGCGAAAAUAAAAAUUUUCCUCAAUCCAGGAAAAUAAAUGAGUCCACAAAAGCUGCUUGCAUCAAGUAGCGGGACACCUUGUAUGUUACCAAAUUAUUGUUUAAAUCAAUCCCUCCAUAAAUGUAUGUACAUAUUAUCUCAUUCCUGUUUUGUACUUUAUAAUAAAAAGUCAAAUAAAAUUUUUAAACUA